GUUCGCAUAAAAACCCUAGCUUUAUAUCAACUCCAUCAGCAAGAAACAAUGCAAAGUCUUAGUCAAAUUGGACCUUCAGAGAUUUUCCUUGUCGCCAGAAGAGAAAAACCCAGUACUAGCUUAGUUAUUAGCAGGGCACAGCUUUGGUUCACGGGAAGAUUGUCUUUUCGACAAGAAACAAAUGGGUUUCGUUUAAAGAAUAGAGUAGAGUUUAGUCCAAGACCUGUACCUCCAAAUCUGAUUGCAGCAGAGAAAGAAGAAGCUAAAGCUGUUUUAACUCUAUUCUUCAAGAAGCAAGGUCUUAGCAACAGUCUCUCUUCUCGGUUAAUCAACAAAUCUGAUCAAUUCAUUGAUCAUUUAGUCUCUAGACUCCAUUCUGUUCAUAAAGCCCGAUACCUCGUAGGAAGAGAGCUUACUACACUUGAGAUUCGAGAUUCUCUCAUUCCUUAUCUCGAAGAACUUCAUGAAGAACACGGUGAUCUUCUCGCGGAGCUUGUUGUUAGCUACCCUGAUCCACCAGCUGAGACUAGACUUGUUUCUUCAUCUUUAGUUCCUGUCCCAGCGCCUCGUGGUGACACAGAUUCUGCUGCAGAAACUCGGAAACUCAGAGCUGUGUCUCGGGUUAGUGAACUUGAUCCAGAAGGUGCAUUACGUCCUCAGACUCUUUACCUUCUUGACCUUGGUUUAAACUUAGAGCAGAUCAAAACGAUUACUCGCAAGUUCGCUGCUUUUCCUUAUUACAGCCUCGAUGGUAAAAUCAAACCUGUUGUUGAAUUCCUUCUAGACCUUGGAAUUCCUAAAUCAGAUAUCCCUACAAUCCUCUGCAAACGCCCACAGAUCUGCGGAAUCAGCCUAACCGACAACCUGAAACCGACAAUGGCCUUUCUUGAAACACUUGGCAUUGAUAAGAAUCAGUGGGCAAAGAUCAUUUACCGUUUCCCAGCAAUCCUCACUUACAGCCGCCAGAAACUUACUUCAACUGUCGAGUUCUUAUCCCAAACCGGUCUCACAGAAGAACAGAUUGGGAGAAUCCUAACCCGCUGUCCUAACAUCAUGAGUUACAGUGUCGAAGACAAGCUCCGUCCAACUAUGGAGUACUUUAGAUCGCUAAAUGUUGAUGUUGCGGUUCUCCUACAUCGAUGUCCCCAAACGUUUGGAUUAAGCAUAGAGUCGAAUUUGAAGCCUGUAACAGAGUUCUUCUUGGAAAAAGGUUUUGGUUUAGAUGAAAUUGGGAUCAUGAUAUCUAGAUAUGGAGCUUUGUACACUUUCAGCUUGAAAGAGAAUCUCAUGCCGAAAUGGGAUUACUUUCAGACAAUGGAUUAUCCGAAAUCCGAGCUCGUGAAGUUUCCGCAGUUUUUUGGGUACAGUUUACAAGAGAGGAUCAAGCCGAGAUACGAGCUGGUGAAGAGAAGUGGAGUGAGACUGCUGUUGAACCAGGUUUUGUCGCUAUCAGGAAUUGAGUUCGAGAAAGUUGUUAAGAAGAAGAUGAUGAAGCUUUUGUCUAAUAACGUAAUUGCUGAACAAAGUAAUGGUGGUUUGUUGUGAAUGUUUUAGUUUUAGAGUAAUUAAUUUGCCGAGAACAU